GGCAACGCGUCGCUUUCCCAAUCAGUUACAAAAGCGCGGCUUAUACACGUCUCAAAAGACUUAAAAAUAUCCUGAAUAUUUAAAUUAAAUUCUGUAAAAUCAGUUCUUUCUUAAUAUCGAACAAUGGCUGGUGGUAAAGCUGGAAAAGAUUCAGGAAAAGCUAAAGCGAAAGCGGUUUCUCGUUCAGCACGAGCGGGGCUCCAAUUUCCAGUCGGAAGAAUCCAUCGGCAUUUGAAGAACAGAACAACAAGUCAUGGACGUGUGGGGGCCACGGCUGCUGUUUACUCGGCGGCUAUUUUGGAAUAUUUGACUGCUGAAGUUUUGGAAUUGGCGGGAAACGCUUCUAAGGAUUUGAAGGUAAAACGUAUCACCCCAAGACAUUUACAACUGGCCAUCCGUGGUGACGAAGAGUUGGAUUCCCUGAUCAAAGCGACAAUAGCAGGAGGUGGUGUCAUUCCUCACAUCCACAAAUCUCUAAUCGGCAAGAAAGGAGGUCCAGGGGCUCCUGUAAUGGUUUAAUAAAAGUAAAAAAACUCGGCAAUUAAUAUAAUAAUAAUAAUAUAAUAUAAAUUUUCGAAAUUUAUAGGGCAUUGACGAUUUUAUAUGCAUAUUAGAUAUAUAUAAAAAUAGAUAGUUAUUUCAAAUGUAAUGCCUGCCCCCCUCUGCCCUUUUGUUUAAAGUUUUAUAGUUAGUGAAUUGCUGUAAGUCGAUGCUCUGUACGUUGAGGAAUUUUAAUAUAGAACUGUACUUCAAUUAUAUCAUAAUUUUAAAUAAAGAUUUUUCAAAGACUAGAUUAUUGCUUUUAUAAUAUAUUGUUACAGUCGCUGAUGCUAAGAACAAGUUUGUAAUCAUAAUUUUGUGUGUUC